CUUAUCCGUAUAUGUACUCAACCCCUCGUGGCUUCGUCUCUGUUCGUCUUCACCAUUCUCCGCCCUCUUCCCUUUGAACUUUUUAUCCGGUCAACCUUAGGCCAACUAAGGUUCGGCCUACUCGUGCCGGGGCUUUACUAAGCCCGACGAGCGAUUUCACCCCAGGUUCGGCCUUGUCCAUGCUAAAUAUGGUAAGAAUGAGCCUGAUUCUCAUGGAGGCGGCUCCUCCCAUGCUUCGCCAAUCAUCACUCUAUUGCAGAAAUGGCAGUCGAAACGGCCAGCGGAGUCUCUGCUUCGCGAAGAGAUCAUUCUCAGUCUCCGCUUCAGCUAUUGAAUCCUGCGCUGCUCUGAAGAAGACAAAAGGAGAAGAAGUUCGUGUUCGUUUUGCGCCAUCUCCUACUGGGAACCUCCACGUUGGAGGAGCAAGAACUGCCCUUUUCAACUACCUAUUUGCCAGGUCCAAGGGUGGAAAGUUUAUCCUCCGAAUUGAAGAUACUGACUUGGAAAGAUCAACAAAAGAAUCUGAGGAAGCCGUGCUUUCUGAUCUUUCUUGGCUUGGUCUGAAGUGGGAUGAAGGUCCUGGCAUUGGUGGAAGCUAUGGACCAUAUAGGCAGUCUGAGAGGAAUGCACUUUACAAGGAGUAUGCUGAAAAACUUUUACAAUCAGGCCAUGUUUAUCGUUGUUUCUGCUCCAAUGAGGAACUGGAGAAAAUGAAAGAGAUUGCAAAAUUGAAGCAGCUGCCUCCAGUAUAUACAGGAAAUUGGGCAAGAGCCACAGAGGAGGAAGUGCAAGAGGAGAUGAAAAAGGGGACCCCUUAUACAUAUCGGUUUCGAGUACCUAGUGAAGGGAGGCUGAAAAUUGAUGACCUCAUCCGUGGUGAGGUAAGUUGGAAUCUGGACACUCUUGGGGAUUUUGUUAUCAUGAGAAGUAAUGGACAACCCGUUUACAAUUUUUGUGUCACUGUUGAUGAUGCUACCAUGGCUAUUUCACACGUCAUAAGAGCAGAAGAACAUUUACCCAACACACUGAGACAAGCUUUAAUAUAUAAGUCCCUUGGAUUCCCAAUGCCUUCCUUUGCACAUGUUUCUUUGAUUCUUGCCCCUGAUAGAAGCAAACUCUCAAAACGACAUGGUGCAACUUCAGUGGGUCAGUUCAAGGAGAUGGGUUAUUUGCCUCAGGCUAUGGUGAAUUACCUUGCAUUGUUGGGAUGGGGUGAUGGCACUGAAAACGAAUUUUAUACCCUUGAGCAACUAGUUGAAAAAUUUACAAUUGAACGAGUAAAUAAAGGUGGUGCCAUUUUUGACUCAACAAAAUUAAGGUGGAUGAAUGGUCAACAUUUGAGAUCUCUACCAUCAGAAGAGUUAAUAAAAGUCAUUGGUAGCCGCUGGCAGGAUACUGGCAUUCUUACAGAAUCAGGGGGAACUUUUAUACAAGAGGCUGUCAUGCUUUUGAAGGAUGGAAUUGACUUGAUAAACGAUUCAGAGAAAGUUCUCUCAAACUUACUAUGUUAUCCUUUAAAUGAAACCUUGACGAGUCCUGAAGGAAAAUCAUUAUUGGAUGAUGGGCUUCAUGAAGUCGCCGAUAGCUUGCUAGCUGCCUAUUCUAGUGGUGAGCUCUUCGCUGCACUUGAUGAAGGCCAACCUGGCUGGCAAAAAUGGGUAAAGACCUUUGGUAAAGCACUGAAGCGGAAGGGAAAGUCUCUGUUCAUGCCCCUUAGGGUACUACUAACAGGAAAGCUUCAUGGGCCUGAUAUGGGAUCUAGUAUUGUUUUGCUCUACAAAGCUGGUAAUUCGGGAGCCGUUGCAUCUCAUGUUGGGUUUAUAUCAUUGGAUGAAAGAUUUAAAGUGAUCAGAGAAGUUGAUUGGGAAUCCUUCAGCAAAGAUCCCCCUAUCCAUGAGUCUGCUGCCGGAGCUAGCAUUCAUUGACACAGGUGGGGCCUAGGGCUUAAAGCCCUCGAGGCAAUACCCUAACCGCUCAAAGCUACAAGCCUGCAAAUAACAUUAUUUUAAUUUUUCUAAUAGUCAGUGCUUUCUUUCUCUAUUAGAAUAGUACGGGUUUAAUGCACCAAACCCCCUUGUGAUUUGGAAAUUCGGCGCAUUAGCCCCCUGUGAUUUAAAAAAUGCGUCAAACACCCUUGUGUUUUAAUUAAUCAUGCGCCAAAUCCCUUAUGUGAACAAAUUCAAUUGUCAAAUAAAAGAAAAAUGAUUGACAUUUUUGUAUGAUUCAGAAAUUUUGACAUAUUUAUUUGCAUAUUCAAUCAAAAUAUUAGGAAAAGUGAUUUUCAAAUCGUUAAAUUUAUUCAUAAAGGGGGUUCUGUGCAUGAUUAAUUAAAACACAAGGGGGUUUGAUGCAUUUUUUAAAUGCGCCGAAUUUCCAAAUCACAGGGGGGUUUGGCGCAUUAAACCCGAAUAGUACCUUACAAUCUUUAAGGAGAGCAUUCCGGUAAGUAAGCUGAAUUCUGGUUCAGGCUUGGCUUUUUUUAUUAACCCGUCCACAGACAAAAUUUCUGUGAAGGACAGACAUGUGUACAAUUUUGUGUACAUCUAGCAAAACUCAGAAAUAGAAUCAGGCACCUGUUUUUUCGGUUC